AUGAGCCAGUCGCAGACGGGAUUCCCGGAAGCGCAAGAUGCCCAGGCGGACGAGGCUAGGCGAGCCUAUCGACAUGGGCUUAUCGAGCGCUUCAAUACAAUUGACUACCAAAAACGAAUGAGGCUCAAUCCUGAACACGUUCCAGGUACUUUUGAAUGGUUUCGCAACCACAAAGCUUUUCGAAAAUGGAUAGACGACGAUAGCGAGCACUUGUUGCUGGUCUCUGCAGACCCCGGCUGUGGGAAAUCAACUCUAAGUCGCUGCCUUGUAGAGAACAUCCUUCCUCAUCAAAAGCCAGACGCGACUAUUGCAUAUUUCUUCUUCAGAGAUAACGCGGAACAGGGAACUUUUGCAAAUGGACUUUGCGCCAUAUUGCAUCAGGUACUCCAACACAACCAUCGAGUCGUCGACGAUCUGCAAGAUCAAAUCAAACGCACAAGGACUGGAGUGACCAAGCCCACAUCGGAAUUAUGGACACUCCUCACUCAAGCCGCCACGAACGCAGCUUCGAAUGAGAUCCUGUGCGUCUUGGAUGCUCUCGACGAGUGCAAAGAUGAAGACCUCCAAACCUUUGUUAAGGUCCUGUUGUCUAUGAGGUCAAAGUCGGCCGACACAAUAAAGUUCAAGCUGCGAUUCUUGGCAACAACUCGUGGAUACCCCAAAAUAUUGAACCAAUUUUCUGAGCUCAACCCGGAUUGUAUACAUCUCUCUGGCGAUAGUACGGAAGAAAGGGACCAGAUACGAAACGAGAUCGAACUCGUCUUGGAUCAUAACCUCAAGGCAUUUUCAAGAAAGAACGGCCUCAGUAUCCAGAGACAAGCAACUAUCCGGGAUGCGCUACUGCGUCAAGGCUCAGAGCAGAAGACAUAUCUCUGGUCACGAUUGGUCUUUGAAGUACUCGAACAAAGUUACAACAAGUUGGCUGAGUCGGAGAGGCUGAUACAAAACCCACCAUCAUCUGUGCACCAAGUAUAUGAGGAGCUUCUACAAUCAGUCUCAGAAGGUGAUAUGGGCGACGUACGGGUCCUUCUACAACUCCUCCUCGCUGCAUACCGACCCCUUACACUUCAAGAGAUGAAUAUUGCAGUCCAUGUACGGGAUCACAUUGGUGCUAGCUCUGAGGAAGAUAUUGGCCUAAAAUCAGAUGAUGAUUUUAGCCAAUGGCUGGCUCGUACAUGUGGAUCUUUCGUUACCAUCCAUGACGAGAAGAUCUAUUUGAUCCACCAGACCGCAAAGGAAUUCCUUAUGGCACCAAAAUCGAGCACCGAUGUGAACACGAGGACUUGGCAUCACUCUAUGAAUGAAUACAAGGUCCAUUCCACGAUGGCCGAGAGCUGCAUUGCUUAUUUGUCUUUGCAUCAGUUUCAAAACUGGCCUAUACUAGCGGAAGCCUUUGCAAAGGAUCCUUUUUCUGUGGUAUUUGAAGCCCCCUCGUCAAAUUGUGGGUUUUGGGACUACACCAUAAAUGAGUGGACCAGACAUUUUAGGAACUGCCAAAUGUCCCGAGGAAAAACUAUUGCUGACAUAAGCGAUAUCUUUGUCCCAGCUUAUUUGAGCUUCUUUGACAUGGGUUGGGUUGAAAUAUGGAGAGAAAGUGACGCCUAUAAGCGCAGGUAUCGGAAUUACCAUAAUAGACGCGGGUAUUUGCCUCGGCGGAUGGCUGACCAGGAUACCGUCAAGAGCAUCGCGGUUGCAUUCGAUCACGCCCGUCUACUGGAACACACGAUGCAAAAGAAAUCAGAGCUGCAGCCCAUUGACAGAGGCCAAAGACAGGACGGCCAUGCCAGUCUAUUGGUUGAGGCUGCCAGGGCUGGUGCUAUCUGGUGUACAAAAUUGAUUCUGGGCUACGCCUUUGUGGUAGCUCCAAAUCGAGAAGGGGACAAUCCGCGAGCUUGCCACAAAGCUUUAUUUUUUGGUCAUGCGGAGACCGCUAAGCUGCUCCUGGAAAAAGGCGCCAAUCCGAAUAUCGGGAAUUGGAUCAAUACUACAGCUCUCCAUUCGGCUUCAAUUUUCGGUUAUACGGCAAUCGUUGAGCUGCUCCUAGCAAAAGGUGCCGAUGUGGAUAUCAGGAGUAAGGAUGAUCAAACAGCUCUCUAUCUGGCUUCAAAGUGGGGCCGUACGGAGAUCGUCAAGCUGCUUCUGGCAAAUGGUGCCGAUAUAAAUGCCAGGACGGAGAGUGGCCAAACAGCUCUCCAAGUGGCUUCACAAGAGGGUCAUGCGGAGAUAUGUGAGCUGCUCCUUGAACCACGACCACUGGUGGAAACAAUUACAGAACAAUCCACCGCUGAGCCUGAACAACCAAAUGACACGGUCAUCGCUGCAGAUCAAAGUGAGAGAAAUGCCUUUCCCAACCUUCCGUCGCUAGUCGACAAGAUCUUCGAGGCAUUGGGGCUUUCUUAUUACAAUGAACCUCCAUUGCCUCAAGGGAUGCAACGCGUCAGAUGGACUUGCGAUCACUGCGGUAUAAAAUUGUUUGACGACUUCGAGAUACCGGCUCCUACCGCUCUGAACGACCCCCCAACGGAACUUCAGGAUAAUGAUUCGAGCCCCAAUGGUGCACUUUUCAGAUGCAAAGUCCUUAUUGGUCAAUUAGCACAUGAAGCGUGGAGGUUCAUAUUGACCAACAUUCGUCGAGGACAGAAAACGCGUGAUCACAAUGAUCACGAGCUUCCGGUCUAUGCUGAAAGCGCCAGUCAAGAGCAAAGACCUCCAGCCACUCCGGAUGAGCUUUAUCUACUAUUCAUACAACGAGCACCAAAGCCCGAUGAGGUGGUUCACCCUGAAAAGUCUAAACUCCUUGCAUUUACGGAAAUUCAGAGUUGA